UUUUUCGUAUCGCACGCAAAUUUCUUAAUUGACUCGUGGAUUGACAAAUUGGCCGGUGUAGAGCAAUUCCGCCAAUUUGCUUAUGAAUGAUGUGUGUUUAUAAUUAUGCAAUUUUAUCAAUUUUCACGCUCAAACGGUGUGUGACCAACAUUAGCGACGUUUUUUAUGCUGAAUGGAUGCGAAAUGAAUGAAUCGCCGUUAAUUUGAUGAAAUCAGUGUGCGAAAUAUAACAUUAAUAUACUGGCUGUCCCAGUAAGGACAACAAGGUAAGGUCAACAGAAAUUUGAAAAAAAAAGUAAAUCACCAGCAAGAAAAACCAGGAAAUUUAUUUUCGAGGACCGAAAGUCAAUUUCAAAAUCAAAGAAGUGCUGUAGGAAACGCAGUGGCCUCUCAAACGUUUUUUUAUUGAUUGUAUGUUAUUUAUUAUGUAUCAUAUUAUUUCUAUAAAUUUCAGAACCUCUAUACCUACAACUACUACAGACUUCUUACACUUACAAGUUGCGUUGGUGAGAAUUUUUUGCACUUUCAAUCCAGUUGCUUUUCGAAGCCAUGGUUCAAUUUUUUGAUACUAAAACAACCGAAAACACAUUUAGCGGUUUACUGUCGCGAAAUAGCUACCUGAGCAAAAAUCCAAGUAUAUUGAGGAAACGGCGAAGAUACAGAAUAUAUUAUAAUCAAGCAAACUCCCAUAAAGAACACACUUUGGAUAUGAUUAACUGGUGGACUAAAGAAAAGGGACUCUUCCAUCACCCCACAAUACCCCAAAGAAAAUCGAUCUAUAAGGAUUUUCACGGAAAGACGCUCAAAGUUCCGGUCCUACAUAAACCGCCAUGGCACUUCGUUCGGUACUACAACGGAAGUCGCAACAUGGCGUUUGAGGUGGUAGGAGGUAGAGAUGAUAGAAUAUUAUCGCUUCUAUCGGCGAAACUUAAUUUUAGGUAUAAAUAUUUUGACCCUCCGGAGAGAAUUCAAGGCUCGACGUCUGAUAAUGGUGCUUUUAAUGGAGUCAUGGGUUUAAUAUCACGAAGGGAGGCCGACCUGUUUAUCGGUGAUGUCGGAUUGACAUACGAAAGGUCCAGUGUCGUAGAAUUUUCGUUUAUAACGCUCGCCGACAGUGGUGCCUUCGUUACGCAUGCUCCGAGUAGACUGAAUGAGGCGCUUGCACUCCUUAGACCAUUUCAGUGGGAGGUGUGGCCAGCAAUCGCAGUUACUUUUCUCGUAUUUGGACCGUUCCUGUACGCCGUCAUAGCUUUACCUAAUGCUUGGCACCCGAAAUUUAUAGUACAAUCGCAAGCCAGACUGUUCUGCGAUUGUACCUGGUUUACCGUCACAAUUCUUUUAAAACAAACAGGCCGAGAACUAAGCUCUACGCACAAGGCAAGAUUUUGCAUUGCUUUGUUAUCAAUUUCCGCCACUUACGUGAUAACGGAUAUGUAUUCGGCGAAUUUGACGUCCCUUUUAGCGAAACCUGGAAGAGAAAAAUCGAUCAAUAACUUGUACCAACUGAAAAGCGCCAUGACUUCCAAAGGCUACAGGUUGUACGUAGAGAAACACAGUCCCAAUUUAGAUUUGCUGGAAAACGGAACGGGAAUUUACGAGACGUUGUGGACGCUCAUGGAAUCGCAACAAAAAGAGUACGUCGUUGAGUCGGUAGAGGCGGGAGUGAAGAUGGUCAAGUAUUGUCGAAACGUCGCGGUCAUGGCGGGGAGGGAAACUUUAUUUUUCGAUGUCCAGCGGUUUGGUCCCAAAAAUUUCCAUCUCAGCGAGAAACUCAACACGGCCUAUUCCGCCAUCGCCCUCCAAAUCGGUUGCCCUUUUAUCGAGGAAAUAAAUAAGUUACUUAUGACGAUCUUCGAAGCAGGCAUCAUAACGAAAAUGACCGAAAAUGAGUACGAGAAACUAGGUAAACAAAAGAAUAUCGUCGACGUUGAAGCCCAGGAAAACGAUUUACCUAAUACAAAAACGGAAACCAAGAGAGCCGCUAAAGCGACGGAGGACAACGAGAAGCUCAAACCGAUCAGUCUUAAAAUGCUCCAAGGAACGUUUUACCUACUUUUUAUAGGAAAUGUGUGCGCAGGUUAUAAAACAAUGACGUUCCUUAAAGGUAGAGCAUUACACUAUGUUUUCAAAGUUGCGGAUAGAAAGGCAACUAUGGAUUUUUACAGAAAUAUUCUUGGUAUGAAAGUAUUAAGGCACGAGGAAUUUAAGGAAGGUUGCGAGGCGCAAUGUAAUGGCAAAUAUGACGGCAGAUGGAGUAAAACGAUGGUAGGUUAUGGACCAGAAGAUAACCAUUUUGUGUUAGAACUUACCUAUAAUUAUGGUGUUCAUCACUAUGAAAAAGGCAAUGAGUUCUUAGGCAUCACAAUAAAAAGCAGUGAAAUUCUUAAGAGAGCUGUUGAGCGUAAAUGGCCAAUUUUGGAAGGAAACACUUUAGAGGCACCCGGCGGUUAUAAGUUUUUCAUCAUUGACGCGCCUCAGCCCACCGGUGAAGAUCCUGUCCAAAAAGUUACACUCGCUUCUUCCAGUCUGUCCAAAUCAAUCAACUACUGGAAUGGCAUUUUGGGGUUGACGAUUUUUGAUAGGACUGAUAAAUCUGUACUAGUCGGAUUUGACCAAAAUCAAGCAAAAUUGGAGUUAAAAGAGACGGAUGGUCCGGUGGAGCGAAAACAGGACUACGGUCGUAUCGCGUUCUCCAUUCCACACGGAGAACAGGAAAAAUUGGCUAAACAUAUCGAAGAACACAAACAGACGGUUUUGACGCCAUUAAUUUCUCUCGAUACUCCCGGCAAAGCCACCGUCCGAGUUAUUAUUUUGGCCGAUCCGAACGACCACGAGAUUUGCUUUGUGGAUGAUGAACCGUUUAGGGAACUGUCUCAACCAGAUUAUGAGAGCGAAAAAAUAUUGGAUAGACAAAUUCAGUUGGACAAAUCAUAAUUAACAUACCCCGCUCCUUACUCAAACGUCUAAAUUUUCAAAUUAUCGCAGUAUUUUAACCCGUUAUUAUUUAACCGUUAACCGUUUAAUUGUUAAAUAUAUUUGUAUAUUGUACUAA